AUGGCGGCGCCGCCUGUCCAGCCCGUGCCACCCGCCGCGGCGGCGGCGGCCGUGAACGGGGACGGGUUCCGCCUGGGUUUCGUCGGCGCGGGAAACCUGGCCGAGAGCAUCGCCCGCGGCGUGGCGGCGUCGGGCGUCCUCCCGGCCUCCGCCAUCCGCACCGCGCCCCACCGCCAGCCCCGAGCGCGGCGAGGCUUUCGCGUCCUUCGGCGCGUGCUUGCUCCAAACCAAUGCCCAGUGAAGCAGAUUCUACUUGAGCUGAGGCCACGGCUGUCAGAAGAAAAGCUUCUGGUGUCCAUUGCUGCUGGCAUCAAGAUGCAAGAUUUGCAGGAUUGGUCUGGUCAACGGCGUAUUAUUAGAGUAAUGCCCAACACCCCUUCAGCUGUUGGACAAGCUGCAUCAGUCAUGUGCUUGGGAGAGAUGGCGACUCAGGAUGAUGAAAACCGUGUAAGAAAACUGUUCAGUGCCAUUGGAAAAGUUUGGACAGCUGAAGAGAAAUAUUUUGAUGCUGUAACUGGCCUGAGUGGUAGCGGCCCGGCCUACAUUUUCUUAGCAAUAGAGGCCAUGGCUGAUGGUGGAGUUGCUGCUGGACUUCCUCGUGACCUUGCCCUUGGUCUUGCGUCUCAAACAGUUCUUGGUGCUGCAACCAUGGUCAGCCAGACAGGUAAACAUCCAGGGCAACUGAAAGACCAGGUCACUUCUCCAGCAGGGACUACCAUAGCCGGGAUUCAGGAGCUCGAGAAGGGCGCAUUUCGUGGAACGCUGAUUAGUGCUGUUGUUGCUGCCGCAAAGCGUUGCCGCGAACUGUCAUAG